CAGCACUAAUGCAGGCUUUAAUAAUAAUAAUAAAGACACUGAAAUAAAACCCGCGGUUCUCGUGCAGGGAGCGGCGGUCCGGGACGUUUCUCCCGUUCCGUUUGGCGGCCGGAGGAGGCGGAGCGGGCGCAGCCGCAGAUUUUCAGACGGUUGGCGGAAUCAGCUGGACUUCAGAGCCGAGGCUGGAGCUGCUGAGGAAGCCAUGGAGGUCCUGUCGAGGUGGAGGUGAUUCUGGAGAUCUGGUAGCGUCCAGCAGGAGUGUUCACCGCCACAGCCGGCAGUGGCUGACCCGGUGGAUUAACGGGAAGCUGAAUCAAGCAGCGUGGAGCACGGAAUGGAGCGCCUACCUGACAAAAAGAAGAAAAAACUAAGAGACAGGUUUUUCACUAUCAUGCCGGAGUUGGUUUGAUUUGCUCUCUGCUCUUUAAGCAGACUGAAGGAGUUGCACUGUGAGUCUGUAUUUUCGUAUCUCUGAAACAUGCAUCAAAGACAGAGCCGACCGGGUAAAGUGAAACACUUGAAGGGGCCGAAAAACGUCAUGUCUUCCAUUCAGGGGGUGUCUCAUCUCUCCAGGCAAGCCAAGAGACGCCUGUUUUGUAAAGUACAGUUUUUUAUGUGGAGGAAGCGGCGACAGAAAGCUCGCUUUGGUACAUUCCAGCUAAACAAAAGAAACAGCUACAGCCCCUGCCUCAGUUUAAGAAUGCGGUUACAGAAAAAUAAAAUAAAAAUAGCAAUGAACCAGUCUGGAGAUGAUGGGAGCCUUCAGGGAGAGACGUCGGCCUCGGCCUCGCCUGCUGGAGGCUCAGAAGACUCUGCUGGGAAGCAGGCUUGUCUGUCGGCGCUGACCCAAUCCGACUGUUUGUCCGGAGCGGUGAACGGAUCGAGCUGCUCGCGGGACUGGGACGCAGACACAAGCAGGACACCAGCCACCAACAGCAAAGCCACACAAACACUGGACUACACCGAAACCACGGACCCUCUGGGACUCGGUUCGGACGGUCAUCCUUGUGGUGAAUCGGAUUCUGUAUCAGAUCCACGGCCAGCGCAAAGAAUCCAUGUGAAUAAACCAUCAGAACUUCGAACUGCGACCCCUCAAAGCCACGGCCGGACGGCAGAAGAAGGAACUGAGAGACGCGGCGAAACGGCAGCAGCUUCUCCGACUGACCUCAGCCUGAAAACACUGGCUGAGGACAUACACGGAUUUCUCCUCGACUUCUACAGAAAAUACGGAAGCUUCAUCCCACUGCAGAAGGACGACGUGUUGAAGCACCUGAGGAAGCGGUCCAACACCGAGUUCGACGGCAGGCACAAACAGAUUUUCUCCGAAGUGGCGAGAUGCCGAGGCGUGAUCGUCCAGAAGCCGGCGCCGCCGUUCCGGGUGGUCUACAAGAAACACGUCCUGACGCUGGAGGACUUACUGACUCUGGCAGAUCAAAACUGGCUCAACGACCAGGUCAUGAAUAUGUACGGUGAACUGAUUAUGGAGUCUUCCUGUCAUAAGGUCCAUUUCCUCAACAGCUUCUUCCACCGGCAGCUCAUGACCAAAGGGUACGAUGGCGUGAAGCGAUGGACCAAGAAGGUGGAUUUGUUCUCCAAGAGCCUCCUGCUGGUGCCGAUCCACCUGGAGGUUCACUGGUGCUUGGUGACUGCUGACAUCGGCAAGAAGAGAAUCUGCAUAUACGACUCUCAAGGGAACGCUGUCCUCAAAGUGGCACGGAACAUCUUGAAAUACCUGAUAACAGACGCAAAAGAGAAGAAGCAGGCGGCCUUCGAAAAUGGCUGGACGGUCUCGUUUGACGAGAAAGUCCCUCAACAGACCAACGAGAACGACUGCGGAGUUUUCGUUUUGGAGUAUUCUCGACGCCUCGCCCUGGCUAAACCGCUCCAGUUCUCCCAAAGCGACAUACCAAAGAUACGAAAGAGGAUCUACAGGGAGCUCUGCGAGCGAAAGCUCCUCCAACUGGACUGAAUGCUGGAAAUGAAGCCUCUGAUGGAGGUUUAGAGCUCAGCACACGGUUUGAGCGCUGCGUGUGUGUGUGUGUGUGUGUGUGUGUGUGUGUGUGUGGGGAGCAGAUGAAUGGAACGUAAAGAUGCACUUUGUGAAUCAGGACUCCUGUUUUGAUUACUGUAUUUAUAUGAUCAGUAUUUAAUCAGGCGUUUUGAUUCAGAGAAGCGUUGUCACGUGAGACUCAGAUUUUCAGCUUGUGAAGUCUACCAGCAGAGCCUUACCGAUUUCCUCGUGGCCCAUGAGCACGGGUGUCGGUUGCUUUGUUAAAAAAAAAAAAAAAAUCUGUAAAUCUUACUUGCACAUUAACUCCAGGGAUAGGUUUCAUGAUUGUCUUUGGAGUUUACCUGCAAAAACCAUGAAGGUGAAGUUGCGUUGUUCGCGACAGAAUUAUGGACGUUCUAAAGCAAACACCAGGGUUUUUCUUUUUCCCCCCAAAUAUUUCCUUUAUUUCUUGGUUCACUUUUAAAAAUACACUGUUUGCAUGUGCAGAAGAUGAAAAAUUGUUUUGUUUUGUUUUGUGUUUUUUUGUUUUUUUUGUUCCAUUUUCACUGGAUCCUCCUGUAAUGUUUGUAAUGUCGUUUAAAAAGAUGAAUUCAGAGAAUCUCUUUGGUCACUGUGAAUGGGUUUUGAGGCUGCUGCAGAUUUACGUACUGCACCUUUAAAUGUCACACAUGCACUGCAUCCUGAACAUUUAACAGUUGUGGCUCAUAUAUUGUCAUACAUUUGUCACAUCCUAGCUAUAAACAGGAGUUUUACCUCGAUUAGGUUGAAUCUGGAUAUGGAUAUGCUUAUGUUCCUAAAGAGUAAAAAAAAAAAAAAAAAAAACAUACAUGGGAAAAGAAAGCAGGUGCUCCUCGUAAAAAGUGGGCAUUUAAGGCACAAAGAGCUCCCAGUGUGGUUUUCAGUAUGAGAACCAGACUUAAACACUGUAUUAAACUCCAGAACGGAUCUGUUCAUAACAGAGCUGUCAUCCAUGUAAAGUGCAGUUUCAUACAGUGCAUAUCAACCGAAGGUAUGAUUUUUCACAUAUGCCAGUCGAUUGUGUUUCACUGUCCUUUGUCGAGCACAGAUCAGAGGAACUGUGACCUUCCAAACUGCAAAUGCGAAAAAAUGUGGAUCAGUUUAG